GUAAAUCAUAUUGAUGAAAUGCCUUUUUCUGACCAGACCCUGUCUUUCCGCGGACGUAGCCGAAAAUCGAAAGUACCUUCAAGAGUCAACGUUUCAACGGAUAACGGAUGUUUUGGUCGACUCCCGCGACGAUGAGUCUGUGCUACAAUCUUAUCUAAUUCCUCCAUAUAUUAGGAAGCUGCCGAUGACGUCGACAUCGUCAUCACGGAUCGACCUCAUCAGCGCGCCACAUAUAAAGGAGGAGUCGUGUUUGAGAUCUCCAUCAUGUCUUUGCCUCCCACUAUCAAGGACAUCAGCACGCACCCCAAGAAGGGUAGUGUCGUCGACCCCGUCGACAAGGUUGCCAGGGAUGCCGACGUCGACCGAAAGAUCAAGCUAUAUGGAACAAUUCAGGCUCUGCGGCAAUCACGUCUGCCAACGAACAAACAGCUCGAUUUAUGGAUCAACUACGCGUUCGAACAUCCACCUGUGCAGACCUCUACGCUAUCGAAGGACGGCCAGAAGCUCGCCGGCGACAUCCAAGAGAUUAUCAGAACGCUGCGCAGUAUGAUACACGACAAGGACGGCGACGAGCUUAUACAAGACUGGAUAUGGCGGACGAGGGACGUGGACAUACCGGAUGUCAAAGCAAAGGACAUUAGACGCGUUGACAAGGAGAAGGCGAAAGACGACGCCGAUACCGCUACGCGCCAUGUGCGCACGCUUGUCAAUUUGGUUUUGACUAAUUCCGAGUUCCGGAAACUGAUCAAGGAUUUCAGCGUCGUCGGGCGUGAUCUAGCCGCUAAGGCCAUUGCACCCAGUGCUGAGGAACUUGAAGGCGUUGACGAGAGUGCUCCUGGGGACCAUUUUGUCUCCAACGAGGAGAAGGUGGAAACCCGACUUCCUGGCGUGAACGGUCAGCCAGACAUCGUUGAUCCUGAAGAGGUCAAGAGGUCCAUCAACGCGAAAGCCAGCACGAGCGCGCAAGAAGGGACAAAGGUCUCGGGUAUUAUAGGAAAAGUAAAGAACGGUUUCUCGGACGCGAUUCCUCAACAAUACAAGGACCGUCUGACCGAAAAGUUGUCUAGCGGAAAGAAGUUCCUGAGCGAGGAUUAUUUCCCGAAGGAAAGGAGGGAACAGUGGAUCUGGAGGGCAAAGAAGGUGGUAGUCGAAUGUCAAAGUCACAGCGAUUAUCAAGAAUCCUUGCGCUGGCUGCUGGACUACGUUGAAGAAUACGCAAGCCAUGAACGAGACGCCGUAACCGAUGCCACGAAGGAGGCUGGAGGAGCCAUGAAAAAUAGGCAACUUCAAUCAUCACUGACCGAACUGCGCACGAUCUUGGAGCGCUUUGCCAACGGCCUGUCGCUGGAUCUCAUCAUUGACCCUUUCCAUGCGCUCUCCGACGAUGCUCACCGCGACCCUGAACUACGUGCGUGGUUCAGAGAGGGUGCUGAGUGGUUACGGAGCGUGCUUCUCAAGCCUGGAUAUAUCCUCGAACCUCAGUCUGUGACUGAUGGCCGCAAGUGGACCGACUCUGGCAAAGUGUUCUAUGGAUCGGAUGGCAAGUACACGGAGCACUUUGAUAGGCUAUUCAACGGUGCCGGUACUUGGCUGAAUGGGAUUGGAGACGAUCCUAUUAAUCGGAAAUUCGCUGGUGGAUGGACCCAAUUCAUGAAGGACCUUCUCUUUGCCGAGGACGGUGGGUUGACAUUUAAGGGCGAUCUUUGGGGCGACAUUCGUAGAACGGUCAUACCGAUGCUGGUCGAGAAGCUUGGCUAUGUCCCCAUUCCGAGAAUCGAGUACACGGACGAUGCUGUUGACCUUAUCAUCGAGAAUCUCACCCUCAGCGGUCGCAAUCUGUUCCCUACAAUUGCUUCAAUCGAGGCCCACAACUACAUGUCGUUCUCUCCGUACAGUGCCAUUCAAGAAGGUACAGAGGAGAGCCGGCAUGAGAUCAAACUGACGCUUGCUCAGAUUCAGGCAGACCUACGUGACGUAGCUAUCUAUUUCAACAAAAAGGCUGGGAUUCCCAAGGCGAAAGAUUCUGGAGUUGCCGAUAUUGUGUUAGGCGGACAGGGGCUGACAGCUACUGUUCACCUCGUGUCGUCACCAAAAUCCGACGCGACAUCGGCAUUCACCAUCAAAAGGGUCAAGGUCAAAGUGGAUUCGCUGAAGUUCUCCGUGCGAGACUCCAAACACGACUUUUUCUACAAGGCAGUCAAGCCCUUCGUCAUGGGCGUGGUGAAGAAGCAGAUUCAGAAGGUGGUCGGGGACGCUAUACGGACGGGUCUCGAGUACGUCGAUGGAGUGCUGGUCAAUGUCAGGCAGGAGCAGGAAGAGGGUAAAAAAGGAAAAGUGGAUGCUAUACAAGAGGUUUUCCGGAAGAGGAUGCAGGAGACGAAGUCGACGUCAAGUAGGUCGACGUCGCAUUUCAAGAUUGUGGCGAAUCAACGGGAUUCUAUGUUAGCGUCGGAGGGUAGUCCGGAGGGAUGGGUACGCAGGACGGCUGAGCGUGAAAAUAUGGUUGUUUCGGGUGAAGGAUGGCGAAGCGAUGCGUUUGACAUUGAUUAACUUCGUCUUCGUAUAUCGCAGGUGAGGGUUAUGUUUCUUUGUACACUUUCUAGUAGGCGAAUUAUUAAUUUUAUGUCUCGACUAGGUCAAUAAUACGGACAUCUUCAAUUAGUGGGACGGAGGAAAACCAAUAUCUGAGAGUAAGACGUGGAAUAUUCG